CAGGUGUAACGUAAUGACUUUUACUUUGAAAGUUCAGUCUUGUCACAGUGGUCAUGGCGCCUAGCUGAUAUAUCACUAGCUAGCUAGCAAGCUAUGUUUGUUUUGUUUUAUUUUAUUAUAUUAUUGUUUGAAAAUUAGUUACAUUAUUACAUAAUUAACAGCUCUAAAGUGUAUGUUUUUAGUUAAUAAAAAAAUAUUUAAAAAAAAGUUAAUAAAUAUGCACGAAUCGAGCAGAAAAUCGGUUUUUUGAGCUACUUCCGGGUGUGUUCGCAUAAAACAAUUAAAGAGCCAGUAGUGUAGAUUUGGGGUUAAAAAAAUUCAAAAGGAAGGACUUGAAGAAAUGGAUAAAUUUGUGAUCCGUGUUCCAAAGGAUGAUCAAACAAGACAAGGACUAAAACACGGAGAGAAAGUGUACAAACAGACAACGCUAGAGUCUUUAAAGAGAGUGGUGGUGAUUGAGGACAUUGAAAGGUUCAAGUCCAUCCUCGAGCUGCCCGGUCAGACCAAAGAAAACAUGUUAAACGCUCUGACAGAGCUGGACAGGAAAGUGCCUUCUAGAGAAGUGCUGAAGUCCACCAGGAUCGGUCACACAGUGAACACGCUGCGCAAGGAGCACCCGGACGCCGAAGUGAAGUCGUUGGCUCGACAGGUUUACACACGCUGGAGGACGUUCAUCGAGGAGAACGCCAACAAGCCGUGUAUCGAGGUUCGCUGUGAUAAACAGACCGAGGAACUGAGGAGCAACGCCAGAAAACUCCUCGCUGACAGCAUGGGCUUAGAGGUCGACGCUGCGCUGGUGGACAACGUGGAGAGGGAAGUGUUUCAUCAGUGCUCGCGGCUGAUCGGCAGAGCGUACAGGAGGAGCGUGAGGGCGCUGGUGUUCACUCUGAAACACAAACCCGACGUCAGAGCGCAGGUGAAGGACGGCAGAGUCGCCGUUAACGUGUUCGUCAGCAGCCACAAGAAGAAACCGUGACGCUGAGAUGAAACACACACACACACACAGAUUCACAUCAACACAUUGAGUGGUGCUUCAUAAGACUGGACUUUAAUAGAAUUUUUUUAAUUGAAUUUUUAGCUGUAAAAUGUCUUCUGUUUUUUUUUUUCACAUAAAGCAGGUUUUACAGUAAAGACAGAAUCUACUCGGA